CAUUUCUCUCCAAGUGAAGGUGCCUGAUCUGUUUCCACAGCUUUCAACAGACAGUGCGAUGACACAACGCUAUUGGCUGCGUGCGUACAGUAUAUGUUUGCGCCACUCAGCAGCUCGGCUCUCUUCAGCACCGCUGAUUGUGAAUGACAGAAUUACAACAAACUCUCUCUCAGCUGAUCGCGUCUUCCAGGUCAUCACACAGGUGUCAUCAUUUCAGUAAGUCUAGUGCCAUGUCAACCCCGAGAAGCCCUGACGGUCCUGGGGCUACCACUCCCUGCCAGCCCUCCUCCUCAGUGGAGAGCAGUGCCUACGUGGAGCUUGAUCCAGACCCUGGACUCCUCUUACCCGUGUCACGGUCCCCCCUGUUGAGUCGACGUCUCCUGCGUCUACGGACGUGCAGCAGCCACGUAAGCACCGUAACGCGCCGCAGGAGGGAGAUGGUCCCAGCCGACAAGAAAGAUAACAUCUAUUGGGACAAGCGACGCAAGAACAACGAGGCAGCUAAAAGGUCCAGGGAGAAGAGGAGACUGAACGACCUGAUGCUGGAGAGUCAGCUGCUGGCUCUGAGUGAGGAGAACACACAGCUGCGGGCUCAGGUGCUCAGCCUUCAGUAUCACAGCAGCCUGAGUGCAGAAAAGAGCAAACCUGCAGCCUCUACUUUGUCCUUGUCACCUAGACCGGCUGCCUCCCUCCAGGCAGGGCUCUGGGGCAACAGCAGGAGCAACCCAGCCCAUGUGAGGCAACAAGAAACAGGUAGCCACCCUUUUGAGAGCAAGGUCUCUUGUUUUAGAGGUGUUGGUAAUGGUUUUGAUCCACAAAGUCCUCACGGUGGUCUUCUUCCUGGUAAGUGUGCCACACAGCAAGGUGUCUUUCCCCUGUCUGUGCCAGGCCGCGUCCUCUCUCCCCGGGCAGGUUUGGAGGGCGGGAGGUCAGCGGAGGCAGAGAUGGAUACCCAGAGGCAGGUCUCCUCCAGCGAUGACAUUCCCAACUCCAUCGAUUCACCUUCCCAUCCCACCCCUUACAUCCAAGCAUUUCUGCCCUCACCUGGCUCACUCCACCAGGCCUCCGCCCUCUCAUACCCACCUCAGAAUUGGCUGGUGCCACAUCUGAAUCACACGGCACUGUGUAACAAUCUUCUGCUGCCCUGGCGGUCCUCCUACCUGGCCCCUCCGGCCGUCUACCCCGGCCUGCCUCUCUACGUACAGGAGAGACAGGGUCAGGGUCUUGGUAUGGAGGCAGACAUUCAAAGGGCAUUUAAGAGCCCAUUUGGCAGCGCACCAGCAGGGCUGUCUCCACUCAGGAUGCACCUCAGUCCUGAUGGACGCUAA